UCCAUCACAUUUUUAACUUUCAGCAACAUAAGAACAGAAGUAAAGGUAUUAGAGCACUUUUCCGGGUAUUUUUAACAGCCCUCGUACUGGGUUAUGAUCUGCAAUGUUUACCUGGCUGAGUGGAUGUAACAGAGACUCAAAGUACUUAUAACUGUGCACAUAUACCAGGACUGUGAGAGAUAAUGGAAAUAAAAAUGGUUCCACACUGGAAAAAGUCAAAAGAACUAAGGGCUUAUCUGGAUAAGAUGGGUUUCAGUAGAAACAGAGUUCAGGAAAGAAAAUUAAUGUACGAGAGAAACUCCAGUAUAAGAUAUACAGAUAUUGGAGACACUGAACAAAUACUUGCUGGCAGUUUACGUGAGGGAGUAGGAUUUCUGUUUUACAAUGACAUAGACAUUCUUGAUGUAGAUCACAAUAUAAUUUGUGAAACAAAUAUCACUGAAGAACAUGUGGAAGGUAAAACAGUUCUUCAAAUAGAUGAAAAUCAUGCAUCACCUGGAUACUGCUUUCUUAAAAUAGUCAGUGUAAGUGAAACCAGUACUGGUAGGAAUGCUUCAUGGAUUAAACAAUGUAAAAAGGAUUUGCCUCUCUCAAGUAAAUAUUUUAAUUCGAUCCAUGCAGCAAGCAUAUCGAGUGAAAUUGAAAUUUGUCCAGUGCAAGGACCUUCUGCUCCAAUAAAGCUUAAUAUCACAAACUAUUUUGGCCUAUCUGACAGUUUCUGGAGUCAUAUAAAUUUCAAGUCAGACAUUGUUACAGCAUUUCCUUGUAAGGUUGACCAUAUCCUGCAUGAAUGGAAGGACAGAAAAAGAAGAGACUGGCCUGACUCCAAAACUAUUUCUGAAAUAAUGACCCUUCCUACCUAUGUUGUACCUGUGGGUGAAAAAGAUAAACUCUACGAAUGGAGAAUAAGUUUUGUUAUGGCUGAAUUACUGUUAGUCCACUCUUUCAAUGACACACAAACUAAAGUCUAUGUGCUGAUGAAAAUAGUCACCAAACGUAUAUUAAAACCAUUGUGUGAAGAUAUAACUUCUUAUGUGGUGAAAAAUGUCAUGUUCUGGUUGUGUGAAAAAGUUCCAAAAAGUUCAUGCCAAAACUUCUCAUGCAUAGGUUUAGAGAUGCUUUAAAGUUUCUUAAAAGUGCUGUUGAAAAAAGAGAACUACCAAAUUAUAUGAUCCCAAAAAGAAACCUUUUUAAAGGGAAGCUGAAAUGUAAUGAGCAAAAUGAAAAAAUUACUCACAUACUCAAUGAAUUUGUAAUAAGUACUAGUCAUAAUUUUCAUAAACAAAAUAUCCUGAUGGAAUGCAUAAAUCAAGAAGCCAAUGCAAUGCAUUUGUUUUAUAUUCUUAACUACUUCUUGAUUAAAUACAACUUUUUUGGUUGGCCACGUCUGUGUUUGUUUCUCAGUAGUUCAUUACGUCACACCAAUUACAUGCUUUUGAACAAUAUGAUAAAAACUGGCAAAGAAUGUCAGGACCCUAAAACAAUAUCACAAUAUGAAAAAGGGCCUAUCAAUAUGCUGUCUCCCUAUCCUUACCUGCUAACAUUCUUUUUAGCUAUACCAAUUAGAUUAUUGUUCAUGAACAAGUUACCUCAAGCUGAAAUAUUCAUAUCAAAUAACAAAUAUUUAGCAUGGAUAUUGUUUGGAAGUUAUCUAGUGCUGUUAUGUAUAAUUCAGUGCCUGAAACUGAAAUAUUGCAAGGAUGCAAUAUUAGAUUUUGUUCUUUUCAAGACACUGUUGAUUUACACACCUAAAAGUGUUCAAAGACUUGAAGAAAUGAUACUGUUUCUAUUUAUCCUCUCAUUUGCUACACUGCUAGGUUUUACUGAUAUUACUGCUGGUGUUAAUUUACCAUUUAUGUUAGAGUGUUGUGGUUUGGUCUUGAUGAGUUAUCAGAUGAAAAAGUUUGGUAACCAGUUUGAAGAGAUACUUCCAGGUAUCAAAAGAUUUUUCAAAAUGCGUGUUAUAUUCUUGCUGCUGCUUGUUGUCACAAUCUAUGUUACAUGGUAGUAAGUUGUUGAGAUUCCAAUUCCAAGUUUAUUUAUUUAUUAUACCAGAUUUAUAUAGUGCCCUUUGUAAUGAUAAAGACAUUCAAAGGCGUUUUACAUAGCGCAACAUAGUUAACAGGUUUAUGUAUUCUAUAAAUUAAUGUUUCUAACAUUAACAAAAUCAAAACUGUGUAAAAAAAAAAAUCUGCAAAAACACAAUUGCUGUUUUGCUAUUGUUUUCUGUGAGGAAAUGGAUUUAAAGUAUACAACCUAAAAUUUGUUCAAUUAUUUGUAUGAUUGUCAUAUAGAUAUAGACCUAAGACAUUUUCUAGUAAUCAGUCUAUUGCAAUAAUAUUCAGCAAGUCUCGAACAAUUGUUUUGAAAAAGAAAAACACUUUUGUUUCUGUGGAUAUGCAUGUAAAUAUUAAAAUGACAACUGUUUGUCAACUGUUUUAACAACAGUUCUGAGCCAGUAUGUUUCUAAUUUUUGAUAGUUGUAUUAUUCAAGUUUUAUUACAAUUAAAUAACAAUUAAACUAUUAGU